GUGAGUACGGCACGGGGACCGCGGGGCUCUUCCCCGGGUUGGGGAGGGAAACGGCGGCUUGUGCCGGAGGAGCCCCGACGUGCUGCGGGGACGGGACGGGCUGUGCGCGCUGCGGGUCCCGCUGGCAGCACGGCGAUGGGAUGCGGCUGGAAAGUUGGUGAGAGCCGUGCGUCCGGACGGUGCCACCCCCUGAUUGCUGACAGCGCAACACCAACCAACGCCGGCAAAUUCAGACCGAGGCAGAAAGGAAUCUUCUUAAUUAGGGCGCUGACGCUUUGGUGCGUCUCCGUUCCUCUCGGCACGUCGGUGCGCAUAAAGUCCUCCGUCGUGCGGUGGAAGGAUGGGUGGGAGGCGGGUCCUGCUGUCCGAAAGGGUUCGGAGCGCUUCUCGUUUCUCGUUUUUCUGGAAAAGAGUGUUUUUUUCUGAGCAACGCUCGGUAGACCCUAUGAAUCACCAUCUGCAUAACUUUAUAUGGGGGCUGCUAUUCUCAGCAUCUCGCUGGAACUAUGUAAACUAUUAACCUCUGUGUCUGUUUGGACAUGCAACAUGCAAAUCUUUCUCCCGGCGACGCCUGGUUCGGGGCGGGUCGGGGGAGAUGGGGCAGAGCCAAGCGCGCCUUGGCUGCUGGAGAUGGGAGCUCGGAAACGGCGUCCGGCAGCCUCCCUUGUGGGUGCUGCGCUGGGGGUCCAACGGGACCCGAUGUGCCGACAGCAGCCGGGAUGAGGGCUCCUCUGGAUGCUUCUUCCUUCUUUUCUAACGCGGUGCGUUCAAAGGGCUUAGAAGGAUGCUUGGGGAGAGCCGUGCCAUGUCGAGAGCGGACAGGGAGGUUUUGCCGAGGGGAUCGUGGCGGUGGUGACAGUGUGAAGCGGCCGCCCCCGCGCUGGGGGAGCGUUCAGCCCCGCGGGUUUUGUCAGGAGAGAAGGGCUCAUUCUUGAGCUGUCAAUCUGCCACCUCCCAGAGGCUCUCCUCCUCCUCCCCCCGCUGCCACCGCUCCCAGAUACGUACAACGCGGGGGCUGAAAAUCCCCUUCCCCCUGGGUGGGAACUGCAGCAUCUCUCAAACCUCCCAACCCCGAACACGGAGAGAGCACUUCUCCAUGUCAGCUCGGUUCCUUUCUGUUCAAAAGGCACCCCCUCACUCUGAGGUGAAGCUCUGACUCAUGUCAGGCACAGAUGUGACCUCUGGCUGCCGCUGGGUGCCCCUGGCUGCUGCUGGCAGCAAUUUGGGUUUGUGGCCGUGGGAUGAGAGCCGAGCACACCAUCUGUGCUCCCUGUCCUCUGAACUUCCCAGCUCUCCUUUCUCCUCGGAUUUCUUCAUUAGAAGCAGAUAAGAUCAGAUCAUUCUUCUUUCACUACAAAUUCAUUUCACUUUCCAUGCAGUGAGCCCAUCUGAUAAAUAGUGGCUCAGCAUAACCCAGCUCCUCCUGCCCUUGGUUGCACGCACAGUGCAGGACUGGUGGCCCCAGCCCCGUGUCCAGCAGGUUCCUGGCUUUUAUUGGAGGUGGGGAGGGAUUCCCACUCUGACCUGAGCUGUGUGGUACAGGGGAGCAGCUGCUCACAUGGCAUCUUGGGACCUGUCACAGUCUCCAGGGUCUGUUUCUCUGUUUCACAGCAGCAUCCCUGUGGCUUGUGGGGAUGUCCUUGGCCAUUGUACCUGAGAAAGCAAGAAGUGGUGCAGCCCCUGGUCCUGGCAUGCAGGGUUUUGAGUAGCAACACCAGGCACCUACUGUCACCAUGAGGCUGAUUUGUAUUUGGCUUCAGAUGAGAAAAAUGUGCACUGUUAAUGCUGAGCGAUGACAUCUGAGAUUUAUAUCCCCUCCCUGCCUCCUCUAAUAAGCCUCGCUUUGAUCAAACCCCAGCUGGCAUUCCUCUGAGGUGGGGAGGCAGCCUGCAGCAAACCCCAAAGACAAGAACCAUACAGUCUCUGGAGCUGCCCCAUAACUCGACUGCCUGGUGUUCUCAUUUGGGUGGGAGUGUUGUGUCAUCUCUUUUGCACAUUUAUGUGCAUUUAAGUGACAAGUGACACCAUAAUGGCUUUAUAUGGGGACUGUUGGUGUCCACGCUGGGGCCUGGGAGAAAUUCUUUCCUCAGGUGUAGGGAGGCCCCAGCAGUGCCCAGAGCUGCAGUGCCCCAUUCCUGGCGGUGCCAACAGCCAUGGCUGGGCCUGGGGCAGUUGGAGCUGGGGGGCAGCCAGCCCACAGCUGGGUGAGGCUGUAGGUCCCUUCCAACCUCAGCCAUUCUUCUAUUCUUUGAUUCUAUGUAGGAGAUGGGUAUCGAGUAGGAAGAGGACACUCAAGCGUGCAACCCUUGGAAAGGUCCCAGCUCUCCUCCUGGAGGUUUCUUCCACACCUUUGUCCUUCCCUCCCCUCUCCUGUGUUGCAGGCCGUGAGCUCCCAUGCAUUACCUCGACCUCUUCCCCUCCCAGCCGUGCUAACGUCCGAAGGAUGGCGGCCGCCUCGUUCCGCUACGGCAUCACCAUCACCGGGGCCGUGCUGUUGGUGACGGGGACGCUGUGCUUCGCCUGGUGGAGCGACGGGGAGGUGGGCACAGCAGUGGGCAGCGGGGCUCACCUCCUGCCCCCCCGCGAGGCUCAGGCAGUGCCCAGCUCCUCCAACGCGCUGCUGCGCUCCGUCAGCUUCUUCUGCUGCGGCAUCGGCGGCAUCCUGCUCCUCUUUGGGCUGCUCUGGUCCGUCAAAGCCAACGCCAGGGUGGUGUCACGGCGCUAUCAGUACCGCUUCCCCCGCGACCUGCAGUACUUCACUGCUGAGCCCCCGGAGAAGUGGAACUGCAGCUCCUGGGACGCCACUGCCAUCCCCACCUACGAAGAAGCCCUGACCUGCAGACCUGCUCAUGGCACGUACCUCCAUCCUGUGAGCAAGGAGGAGCUGACGCCACCGCCAUAUCAUGACUUGGAGGAGGAGGAGGAACAGGAGGAGGAGGAAGAUGAGCGUUGGCAAAGCGGCCGCCGCCGCAGCUCCUCUGACAGCGCCUUGUUCCGCCCCAGCCCCUCAUGGUUGGACACCCAGAGCCCUGCUGGGCCACAGGAAACACCGCCCCCCAGCUACGAGAAUAUCAGUGUUCGGGGUGUCUGACUGAGCCCUGUCCUUCAGCAAGGGGAGAGCAUGUGUGGCACGGGGCUGUCCUGCAUUCCGAGCAAUGCGUUUGGGACAACGUGAGCAGCUGGCAUGUUGGAAGCCUUCGUGUUUUUAAUAAAACCACCUCUGGUUGCAAAUGUUUGGUGUUUCAGAGCAUGUGGAAACCCACACUGCCUGCCCUGCCCAACCCACACUGGGUUCUGCCCCAAAGGGGAAAGGAAUGGCAGCGGUCAGCGAUCACCCGUUGUGCCAUGAUGGAGCACAGCCACCCCCAGGGUCCCACCAGCACUCACCCACUCCAAGCAGGAGCUUGGCAAUACACCUGCAGCAAGGAAUGUGAUACAGAGCUGGAGGAAAGCAGGCAGAUCCCAGCUGGGACUGCAGGCAGGGUGGGAGCAGAGCUGUGUCGAGGAGAGUGGGGGCAGUGGGCAGUGCAGCGCGGUGUCUGCUGCCUCUGUUCUGCUUCUUCCCCAUGCCCAUGCUGCCCUGCUCUACACCUCCUCUGUCUCCUCCAUGCCCCUCACCCUCACCUGUCUCUCCCAACACUUACUGACUUCCCAUGCCUGGCUUCAUGUUGUUCAGAAAUGCUCAGGCUGCUCACGCGUGUGCUCAGGGUGUCCGUGUGCGUUUGUCAUUUCACACAGCAAAAGACAUCUGGGGCUGCUCAGCCCCCAUUUGUGUGCAGUGCAGUGGAUAAACCCACAGCUGAGGUGGGUGGGUGCAUCCCGGGGAGCUCAGCAGUGCCCAGGAACCCCUGCAGGGCUGCAGGGUGGCUGCAGAGCCACAGCCAAAUAUAUACCUAUAUACUGAUAUA